CAUCAUUUAUUUAUUCAAAUAUUAUGUCUGGCAAAUUGACUUUUUACAAUGCUGUUUUGUGCCCUUUUGCACAGCGUGUGGCUAUUGCGCUUCGUGAAGUGGGCGCCGACUUUGAAAGUGUCGAAAUUGAUCUAUCGAAUAAACCUGCAUGGUACAAGGAUGUGAAUCCGGAAACCAAGGUCCCUGCAUUGUCGGUGAAUGGUGUCAACAUUGCUGAAUCGUUGGUGCUUCUCGAGCUGCUCAAUGAUCUGUAUCCCGAGAAAAAGCUGUUGCCAAAUGAUGCCGUGAAACGAGCCGAGGUGCGUUUCCUUAUUGAAUACUACUCUUCCAAUGUUGUCUCGAACUGGUACAAGCACCUCCGAGAAAAUGCCAACAGUGGAAGCCGCGAAGAUUACAUUGCUGUCUUGGACAAAGCAUACCGCCGUAUCAAUGAUUUAUUACUGGCGCAAUCUUCUUCGGGGCCGUACUUCCUCGGUAACCAGUUAUCCUUGGCUGAUAUCGCCGUGGCGCCUUUUGCUGGUCGCAUUGCUGCUUUUGAAAAGCAUUUAUUGAAUGGUUAUGAGCAUGAAGCAGUCAAGCAAUCCCCACGUUUGGCUGAAUGGUUCAAGGGUCUUGCCGAGCUUCCUUCUUUCAAGGACACAUUCUUUGGCGACAAGAAUGUCGUUGACGGGAUUGUCAACCGAUUUAACUAUCCUACUUCCCAGUAAGGUCUCUCCAUUGAAAAAAAAGGAAAGAAAAAAA